UGUCACAUUGACUUUGUUCAUUCAACAGCGGUGCUUCGAGAUGCUGUGUCCUUGUCAGUAGUGAAAAUAUUUUUUUUUUCGGAGAGCUUAGAAAGUGCCUGAUAUCAGAAUCGAUUCAUUUUUGUUGGCGUUCUGUGAACUCGUUUCUCAAAAACAUAAAAUCCUAUCAUGGCCGCCACAUUCAUACCAAUCAACCUAACCGAACCGGAUUACUUGACUAUAACCGAAUAUGAGCGAAAUUUCGAUCUGACCUACUGGCGGAAAUACUUUGGUGAUGGAAACUGGGUAGCAUCUGUCUACUUUUCGGCCAUCUAUGUCGUCUGCGUGUUCGGUGGAAGUAUUCUGAUGCAACAGAGGCAACCGUUCAAAUUGAACGGAUUGCUAACGAUCUGGAAUGUGGCACUGGCUGCGAUGUCAGUGUGGGCAUUUUCGCGUUGCUUGCCGGAGUUUCUGCACAUUAUGUUGGGCGAAAAUGGAUUUCAUAAUUCGAUCUGUGAAUGGAAAGAUCAUAAUCAUGCGACGGCAUUUUGGAGCUUUGUUUUGUUGCUGUCGAAAGUAAUCGAAUUGGGUGACACCGCCUUUAUCGUGCUGCGCAAACAGAAAUUGGUUUUCCUUCACUGGUACCACCAUGUCACAACAUUGACGAGCUGGUGGGUCAUGUACUCGUUUUACGAGCCGAAUCAGCUCUGGUACAUCGUCAUGAACUCAUUCGUCCAUAGUUUUAUGUACACCUAUUACGCCCUGCGGGCCAUGAAAGUCAGAGUUCCUAAACCGAUUGCAAUGUUCAUCACGACCAUUCAAUUGUUACAAAUGGUUUUCGGUGUUAUCGUCAACGUAUACACAAUCCGAACGAUGUAUUACAUUGGAACGCCGGCAGAUUGUCCGCAUCGAAAUUGGUUCGGUCUGAAGGUCUCGUUUGCCAUUUAUGUUCCGUACACCAUUUUGUUCCUCAAACUGUUCGUCGACUCGUAUAUCAUCCCCAAGCAAGUGAAGCCAAAGAAGACCGAUUAGUUGCAUGUACAAAAUAGGCGCUUCAGGCGCAUCAGUUAUUUGAAAAUAAAUUUAUUGAAUCUG